AACACCCUUGGACAUUGUCCCUAUACUCUUCAAUAGGAGGUGAAAAUGGCGUCCAAAGUAGAUUCCGAUGUUCAGAAAAAACUUUCGACAGAGUUAGAAAAAUACCAAGCAUUACAAAAAGAUCAACAGAAGUAUAUGAAAGCGCGACAAGCCCUAGAUGUUCAGCUUAAUGAAAACACGAUGGUCAAAGAGGAACUGGAGAGGUUGGAGGCUGCAGCCACAGUGUACAAGAUGAUUGGUCCAGUCUUGGUUAAACAAGAAAUGACAGAGGCAAAGGAUAAUGUACAGAAGAGAAUAGACUACAUCUCCGGUGAACUGAAGCGACAUGAUGGUGUGAUCAAAGAUAUAGAGAAAAAGCAAGAUACACAAAAAGAAACCUUACAGAAGCUUCAAAGUCAGUUUCAGCAAGCUCAGCAAAGAGCAGCUAAAUCAUAGUUGUAUCUUUACAUCCCCAUAACUCACAUCCGGACGUUUUAAUUUGCUUUGGUCAACAGGGGAAAUAGCAGUGUGGUCUAAGUUUCUGGCAUAAUAGAGAUGAUUUAUUGAUGUAAACUGUCAAAGAGCUUUUAGUUCUGCUGACUUUAAUUUUAGAAAUAUCAAAAUAGACCUUUGGUCUGUCCCAAAUAAGUCAAUAUUGCCCCCACUGUCAUUCUUGUCAGUAGUGGCCAUUAUUCGUCAAACUCAAACUCUGUACAGAUAUGACUUAUUGCCAAAAUUUAAUGAUUGUCAGCAUAAAAUACCAUGAAUUGUUGAAAUCCAAGCCUGGUAAAAAGCCAGAAGAUACCAAAGCCUUCAAUAUUUUAAUGUUGUUUUGUACCUUGUGGCAUUAACCCCAUGAAAUAAUGUUAAAACUUAUGAAAUAAUGUUAAAACUUAUAAAAUAAUGUUCAAACUUAUAAUAUUGAAACAAAAUAAUGUUCAUAGAAGAUCGGCUAGCUAUGAUAUGAAAUAAACAAAUGAAGAUUUCCAAAGUGCAACAAGGGACAUAGCUUUCCUGCCUGUUAUUUUCUUGACCAUAUUUAUUUGUGAUCUGCAUUUCUUGCUCUUGUAUAUACAUUUUGUAACUACAAGUUAAAGAAAUAAAUGUGUAAACUCUU